CGCGAUCGUAUGAUGCCAUACACCCGCAAACUGCACGGAAACCCUGAGUCCCUGAACUUGAUCAUGGCUACUACAACGGUUCUUCAGCCCACUCCAUCAAUAAUCGCCGAGUCUUCCGGAGCCCAGAAGUACCGCGGGGCUGUCGUUGAGGAUCUGCAACUUCCACCUGCUUUCACGGUGCAAUCCAGCGAGACGAUAUCGCGGGCCAUUGCACAAGCUUAUGAACGAGACUUCUCGCAUAUUCCUGUGCUCGACCGGCUAAGGAAACCCCUCGGUUACAUUGAAGUCGCGACUCUUAAGUCCAAGUGGGAAGCGGGGCAGGCUGAUGCUAGUGACACAGUACUCAAUUAUAUGACAAAAUUCAAGCGAACCGCUGCUCAACCGUACACCGUGAUCACACCCUACACACCAUUAAGCGAGCUGGAAGAGUUCUUGGGGCGGAACAUCUUCGCCAUCGUCACGGAUCCUGGUCGCAAGUUUGUUGUGGCCCUGGCCACCUUGCACGACCUGGAGACUUUCGUAUCUCGGCGCGGAUUUUGACUGACUCUUCGGUUCGUGUAUGACUGCAUGUAACGCCUCAUAUCAAUCGAACGUUGCUCGUCAAAUGCCUCUUGCCCUUGGCUCUCGAUCUCAUUGGCGGCCUCUUUCGUUCUUUCCUGCGCCAGGCGCCA